AUGGCCCAGAAGAGCCUCACAGUCCACGCCAACAACCUGCCCUACGGAGACCUGGCCUCCGAGGUGACCAGGCGCAGAGUCACCAUGGCCACGGGAGAAGAGAUAUCUACCAAGAAAAGUGAUGAAGCCGGGGAGAUGCCCCCCACUCUGGACUCGGAGCAAGGCCCUGCUGGCGUGGCUGGCCCUUCAGAACCCCCCGCGCCGCCUCCUUCGCCCGCUGAAGACUGCAGAGUCUGA